AGCUGGAACGGAAGAGGGAACAGCCCCUCUUCUGUUGCCAAAGUGGGCGACGAGAGAGCGCGGGGGAAGACAGGCUGUGGUGCCCGUGCGCUCCGGUCGCCAGCCGCGUACAACCUCCCAAGUUCCGGUCUUUGAAAGGCCUCGUUGUUUACUUUCAUCGUUGGUGAGGAGGAACAGGAAAAGCUCUCUCUUUGGUCUUUGGCCUCCUCCCGCCUCCGACCCUGUGCCCCCCCUCGCACGUCACCUCGGCGUUCUCCCCGUCGUCGUUUCAUCAAGAGCGAUUUAGCGGGAGGAGAGCAUGGUGAGAGAAGGGCAGUGGUUUACUGCUGUCAAGAGAGCUUUGGUCCCACAGUGCUGUCAAAGUGAUCUUGGGAGAAGUAUUGGCAAAUCCAAGCUGUCUGAUUCACUCCUUUCAAAAGAAUUGGAAGCUAAUGCUGCACAACCGCUGUUAUCUGCUCCGGUUGAGGAUGUCGAGCUGACAGCAAAAGAGGAUGAACACAGCAAGCACGCCUACUCGGUGGCUCUUGCCAGCGCUGUUGCUGCAGAGGCUGCAGUUGUUGCUGCUCAGGCUGCUGCAGAGGUCAUUCGCCUCACCACCUUAACAACGAGGCUCACAGGUAAAUCAAGACGAGAAAUUGCAGCCACUAAGAUCCAGGCCGUGUUCCGUGGAUACUUGGCGAGGAGAUCAUGGAGAGCACUCAGAGGACUGCUUAGGUUGAGGAGAUUGGUAGACAAAAGUGCUGUCAAGUCUCAAACAACAAACACACUGCAGUGCCUGCAAACGCUGGCAAGAGUUCAGACACAGCUACAUUCAAGGAGGAACAGCAUGACGGACCAAAACCAGGCUCUCCAGGGGCAUCUGCAAAGAAAAUGUGGGAAGCAACCAGUAGUAAAGAUUGGAGAGGGAUGGAAUGAUAGUGCUCAAUCCAAAGAGCAAGCUGAAACAAAACUUUUGAACAAACAGGAAGCUGCUGUAAGAAGAGAAAGGGCACUAGCUUAUGCAUUUUCUCAUCAGUGGAAGAGCUCUACUAGAUCCCUGCACACACAGCCAAGCAACCCACAAUGGGGAUGGGGCUGGUUGGCACAGUGGAUGGCAGCAACACCGAACAACAGCGCGAUGGAAAUCAAUGACCGUGCCUUCACCAACAGUUCCAACUGCAACGUCAUGGCACAGACAAGGAAACAUCGCGACACGAGCUUGGACUUCACCCCAUCAGUAGCUCAGAAGUCGAGCCAGUCUUCCAGCCAAGAGUCACCGGCAACACCGCGCUCCAAGACACCAUCGACUGCAAGCACGAAGAAAUCGGUGAGCCCAAGAGAUGGUCAGUGCUCCGUAGACAGUGACCCGAGGAGCAAGCCGAGCUUUCAGCCUGAGCAACGGCGGAGGCGGCACAGCAUUGCAGGGCCAUUGAUGACGGGUGGUGAGAGUCUGGUGAGCUCACCGACCACUCCGAGCUACAUGGCACUCACGAAAUCAGCUCGAGCCAGGUCACGGUUCCAUGGAACACAAAGUUAUCAACCUGAGACUUCCGAGAAGGGAUCCAUCUCAUUAGUAAAAAAGCAUUUAUCAUUCCCAGCAGUGGCGAAGAGCAAUGUAUUGUCUUCUGCAAGGACCAGGCGGCAUUCCUGGCCUGUGAAGAUAGAUAUUGCCUCAUCGACAGAAGUAGCUACCAAGAAGAGGGUGUAACAAGCAGCAAUGGAGGGGGAUCAGAUGGCCUGCUCAAGUUGCGGAGAAGCCUUGGUGGUAGUGUGCUGAUACAGCAUAGCUACAAAUUGUCCUAUUUGUAUCCAAGUGUGGGAUUGGUUUUUGGGUUCAAUGACUGUUGCUCCUGUAGCCACAGCUUCUUGUUCUUCCUUGUGUACCUCAGUGAACAAAUGUGGGAGUGGUUUUGGCUUUUGGUUAGAGGAUGCUUGUAUAAAUGCUGAGUUGCCUUUAGUGUUC